AAGUCUGCAAGUUUUUCACUUUCUUAAUUCUACGUCUUCAUCUCUGUCACAUAUCUGGACCAGAGUCUUGAAGCAACAUCAGUGACAGAAGGAGCUGCUCUGAUUUAAGGAGGGAUAUCACAGUUUUAUUGUACCAACUCCAAAAUGCAAACAAUAAGGUCUUUCUUCAUCACUCAGUGGUCCUCAGAUGUGCGCCUGGAUGGGAAGACUGCUAUAGUAACCGGGGCCAACACUGGGAUAGGCAAAGAAACAGCUAAAGACCUGGCCAGCAGAGGUGCCCGGGUGAUUUUGGCGUGCAGAGACAUGGCGAAGGGAGAACAAGCUGUUUGUGAAAUCAUGAGGGAGGUGACGGGAGCCAAGGUAGUCGCCAGGCAACUGGAUCUGGCUGACACUACAUCGAUCUGUCAUUUUGCUGAGAAUAUCUACAACACUGAGAAGGCUCUUCACUACCUGAUCAACAAUGCAGGCGUGGCUAUGUGCCCUUAUGCCAAGACUGCGGAUGGAUUUGAGAUGCAGUUUGGAGUCAAUCACUUGGGCCAUUUUUUCUUGACUUUUCUGCUGCUGGACCUGCUGAAGCACUCAGCCCCAUCUCGGGUCAUCAACCUGUCAUCGGCGGCUCACGCCAUGGGCAAGAUCCAGUUCGAUGACCUGACUGGGGAGAAGAACUACCACCCAGUCAGGGCCUACGCACAGAGCAAGCUAGCUAAUGUCCUGUUCACCAGAGAGCUGGCCAAAAGGACUGAGGCUCUAGGCGUCAUGGCUUACUCAGUGGACCCCGGCAUCGUGAGCACUGAAAUUACAAGGCACAUAAGGCGCCCUCUUGGGGACAUAAUCAAGACUUUCAGUUCACUGAUCAAGACUCCAGCAGAGGGAGCCUACACCACCCUCUACUGCACUGUCACUCCUGAGAACCAGUUGCACACCGGAGGAUUCUACAGGGAUUGUGCCCUGGCUGAGAGCUGCAGGGCUGGUCAGGAUGAUGGCAGCGCCUUAAAGCUGUGGGCUGUGAGCUGCCACCUGCUCGGCAUUCGCUGGAGAUAAAUUUGCUCUCUUACAUGCUGUGAAGCAACAUUCAUAUUCAGUGAUACCCCUCAACGUCAUGCUGAAGCUUCCGAAUUUUCCUGAAAGUUAUGGAUGUGAUCGACAUAAACUGUGAACGCAGAUAAAAACGACAAUAAUACAGGCCUAACCUGCUCAUUGUAAUGAAGUUUGAUUGGUAAGAUGUAAGAAGUCCAGUGUGUAGGAUUUAGUUAAAUUAAAUGUGAGGCUCCAGAUUGGAACUAACUAAAUACACCAUGCAGAACACAUGAAAAAUGCAUAAGACCCUCCAUAGAGCUGCUAUUAGGGAACUGCACACAUUUCACUGCAAAAUUGAUGAUGUAUAUAUAGUGUUUGGUUGUCCUAGACUACAAACAGCGUACACAAACUUACAAAUUUGCUCAGAAUUUAAUCUCCCUGUGUGAUUAUUUACUGCACGUUUGUAGAGUUUCUCACAAUUUUCGGUAAAAAUGUCCGUACACGAUUUACAGAUGCCUUUUAUGACUUUUGCUAGUUUCCAACUGAGCAGCUGAUCAAACCAAGAAUGAAACACAAGUCCAAAUGCAUUGUUUCAACAUGUUCUGUCACAACAUUGUGUCCCAUUCCUCCUCUUUCGUGCACCAUUUUGAACCCUCAUGACCUCAAGAUUUUAAUCCUUAAGGAGACUUGCAUUGAGCCCCUCCUCACACAGUUUUGUUUUGCAGGGUGACAAAGGCAUGAUCUGCCUUACGUACCUCUGAUUGGUCAACCCUGACAUUCUCACCCUAAUCUUAACCAAUCUCAACAUUCCUGCCCUAACCCAUCUCAAUCCCCAUUCACCAGCCAAUCAGGUAGCACUUUACCAAUGAAUAUAAAUGAGGUUUCCCUGCAAGAAGAAAACCUGUGACCUGCUUCUUUUACAGAUACUUCAUACUGAUGCAAUGGAAACACAACUAUUGUUAUUUUCAGAUGAUUAAAAGUCUAAAUCUAUAAAUUUGAAUAUUUUGUUGCAUUUCUGCCAAUAGCCCCUGAAAUCCUAUACACUGGACCUUUAAGAGGAUUAAGAAAGUAGCUACUGGGAAUAAAAAUAUCACUAAUACCUUA